GGCAUGCCAGGCAGCAACAACGAUCUAAAUGUUUUAGAUGCGUCGCCGCUAAUUAGCGAGUACAUUGAUGAAAACGCUCCUCAGUUUUCGUACGAAGUUAAUGGGCACAGAUACGACUUUCUCUACUAUUUGGCCGAUGGUAUCUACCCUGACUGGCGCUGCUUCGUAAAAACAAUUUCGUCGCCAAUUAAUGUCCAGCAAAAACGCUAUUCGGCUGUUCAGGAAGCUCUGAGAAAAGAUGUCGAGCGCGCUUUCGGGGUGCUCCACGCUCGGUUUGCAAUCGUUGCUCGCCCAACCCACACUUGGUCUUUAGACAAGAUCAAGAGCACGUUAAAGUGCUGUGUUAUUCUACAUAACAUGAUCGUGGACGAU